AUGGAAGUUCAAAACCGUGACGUUUAUGAGAGACAUUUGACCGAAAUUGAUACAUGGGCAUCGGAAUUCCAAGGACAAGAGGACAUUGCCUUAGAAGCAGUGCAAUCUUUGCACAUUGCACUGGAAGAAGGAAAUAUGUCUGUCAGCAAUAAAAGCUCGUCAAUAACUUGCGCUCUAGAUGGGACCUGCUCUAAGGCGAGUGAUUUCAAUGAAAGGUUAAAGGUAAAACGGGAGCAUCACUUGGUACAAGACCUUCGUGAUCGCCUAAGCAUUAUAAAUAAAGAUGUUACGGCUAUGGUAGAUGAACACUGGAUCCCUCCUCAAAAGUCGGGUAAUACCCCUGCCAAGUCACACCGUAGUAUAGCUGAAGACGAUGAUAUACCGAAUGUUCCGAAGAAGGAAUUUGUUUUGCGAUCAAAUGGCUUUGAAACGGAG